AUGCUUCUUUUACCAAAGAUCGUCACCAUCUUGAGCAUGGUCUCUCUCAGCUUUGGUGCGCCAGCUACCACAGAACUGGAUGACCGCUCCAUCAGCAAACGCUGGUCCGUCAGCAAGGCAUACAAAGUGAAUAAAACCAAGUGGGGAGUGGACGUCGUUGUCGGGGUCAUUAUAACUGAACAACUCAUCCAAUCUUUCGAAAACGCCGGCAUCAAGCUUGCUCAGGCAGUGACUGCCAAUCUGGUUGAUCAGUGGAACAAAGCAUAUGGUUCCGGAAUUUUAUCAUCGCUCGGAUAUUAUAACGCCCAAGGCCUGGAACAUCUGUACUGCACGUCGAUCCAAUCAUCGAUAUUCUUUGCCAGCCAGUACAACGCUCAGAUAUUUGUCACACUCAUGCAGAGUUACUUGAAGUCCAAGGGAACAAACGACAAGAGGGACGAAAUCGACGUCGACGAGCAUUAUAGGAACGUGACACUGUCAAGGCGUGCUGGGAUUGAGGAGAUUGAGGAGAGGCUGGGACCGAGAAACGCCGGCGUGUGCUGCAAUUGCGCCCAACUCAACUUUGUAUCCCUGGCAACGACAAUCUGUCACGAUGCUACAUACUCUUUCGUGACCACAUGCUAA